AUGGUACUUUAUCUAUUGUUAGCAGUUGCUAUCUCCGCGAAGUGCUCAACAAGAAAGCCCGUUGUGUUGAUCCAUGGUAUAUUAUCUAGUGUUCUUGAAGCCGAGGUGAAUAUCCCAGACGAUUUAGAAAUGCCUGAAGACUGUGCUCGACAACGUGAUAAUUUUAGAGUGUGGCAAGUUGCUGAAGACCUCAAUCCCAAGAAGAAUCGGUGUUUAUUAAAGUACAUGACACCCGUCUAUAACACUGAAACAGGUGUUUUAGAAGACUUAGAAGGUGUUAAUGUGACAGUCCCACAGUUUGGGUCAACGUAUAGUAGCAGUUGCUUGGAUCCUGGGAUGUUGACAUGCUCGUUAACUGAGUAUUUCCGCCCACUCAUCAAGAAAUUGAACAAAUUGGGAUAUGUUGAUGGCGUCGAUUUAUACGGAGCGCCGUAUGACUGGAGAUACACUGGCGGUGAUUUCUAUGCGAAGAGACUUGAGAACCUCUUAAAAAGUAUUAAAGAGAAAACAGGCAAGAAAGCAGUGUUGGUGAGCCACUCCAUGGGAUGCCCUGUCACAUUUGAUGCAUUAAGUAAAUUUAAUCCAGAAGACUAUGUUGAAAGAUGGGUCACUGUUGGUGGUGCCUGGCUUGGUGCUGUUGAAUUGUUGAAUGAGGUGUUGAAUGGUAUUGAUGGUGUUCCAGUCCCCAAGGAUAUGACCAUUGAUUUGGUCAGACACAUUCCGGCGAUGUUUUACAUGACACCUCGUGGAGAACAAAUUACUGGAGAGUUAGUCAAAGUUGGAAACGAUGUUUACACUGUUGACAAUAUUGGCGAUUUGUAUGAAAAACUUCCUGGUAUGGAGGUGUAUGGUAAAAAGUUAUACAAUGAGAUAAAACCAACGGCUCCGAUUAUCAAGAAGGCUCCUGUUAAAGUGUACUGCACAUUUUCCGAUGGGUUUGAAACACCAAGAAGACUUGAAGGAAGUGAUGUGUAUUCCAGUUUCAAUGUGACAUACGAUAACGGAGAUGGCGUUGUCAAUAUUGAAUCUUUACAAUUUUGUAAUACACCGGGAUUUGCUGAAGAGGUGAAGUACUUUGGUAAAUAUCAACACAAAGGAUUGCUUGGGGAACAAGUUUUAGUUGACUACUUACAACCGAUGAUUUGUGAGUAA